AAUUUAAUUUUAAAAGUGACAAUUUUUUUGUUUAUUUCUCUUUCAUUUUGGUUAAAAAAGUUAAUUAAUUUCUCAAAAAUUAAGAAUCAUUUGACAAAUCUGCUUGGAAAUUAAUUUUCCGUUUGAUAAUGAUUCUUCUGUCUAACUAACUCCUGUCUUUUGAUCCCGCUUCCCAUUUCGCCGCCGCUGUCACCACUCAUCGCCACCGUGGCGCGUAGUCUCCACAGCUUCACCUUCAUCAGUUUCUUUAGGUUCUUUAUCCGCCGAGCUUUCAGAUUUUGAUUGGUGAGGAUGGUGCUGGUUUUGGCCCUAGGGGAUUUGCAUGUGCCUCACAGAGCAGCUGAUCUCCCUGCAAAGUUCAAAUCCAUGCUUGUCCCUGGCAAGAUCCAGCAUAUUAUCUGCACUGGAAAUUUAUGCAUUAAAGAAGUUCAUGACUACUUGAAGACUCUCUGUCCAGACUUGCAUAUAACUCGUGGUGAAUACGAUGAAGAGACGAAAUAUCCAGAGACUAAAACACUAACCAUUGGUCAAUUUAAGCUUGGACUUUGCCAUGGUCAUCAGGUUGUUCCAUGGGGAGACCUAGAUUCACUAGCAAUGCUGCAGAGGCAGCUUGAUGUAGACAUCCUUGUGACAGGUCACACCCAUCAGUUUACAGCAUACAAACAUGAGGGUGGUGUGGUUAUAAAUCCAGGUUCUGCAACUGGUGCCUAUAGCAGCAUCACAUAUGACGUGAACCCAAGUUUCGUCCUCAUGGACAUUGAUGGUCUACGUGUUGUGGUCUAUGUGUAUGAACUAAUUGAUGGAGAGGUUAAGGUUGAUAAGAUAGAUUUCAAGAAAACAUCCUCAAACUCUUCUGCUCACUGAACUUGGUCUUUAGUCUAAAAUUCUUGUUCUUUUGUAUUUUACCUUCAAACUUUGUAAAGAGGUUCUGGUUUUAAUUUCUAUAGCUAUACAUUCAUUUGAACAAUUGUAUUCUGGGCAUAUUAUAGGUUUACAGGAUUUAUUUCAUUUGACCAAUUUGUCAACUGUGGAAAACAUAUAUAGCUGAUUAGAUGUGACUUAAUGUGACCGGUGAACUAGUAUGUUGAUUUUAACUUGUUCCUACGUUGGUUGUGA